AUUCCGCAUCUUCUCUUGCCUCCUUCACUUUCAUUUUAUGCCUUAUGAGAACAAACCCUCUCUUUCGAUGGGCUUUUCAACCCUUUUUUAAACCCUAAUAACGCUCCACGAUGACCCACUUGUAAAUUCUCAAUUUUUUAGCUGAAUUUCAACUGUAAUUAUUCGAUUCCCAAUUCCCCCCCCUGAAACCCUAAUUAUUUGCAAAUGACCCACUUGUAAAUUCCCAAUUUUGCAGCUGAAUUUUGAGCUGGAAUUGAUAGCAUCACGCGACCCGUUUCUGGGAGAAAAUGGCAGACCUCGAUCUGUCCAAGAAAGUAGCUGAUAGGUAUCUUAAGCGUGAAGUCCUUGGUGAAGGUACCUAUGGUGUCGUAUACAAAGCCAUUGACACCCAGACUGGACAUACGGUUGCAAUUAAGAAGAUUCGGCUAGGCAAGCAGAAAGAAGGGGUGAAUUUUACAGCUCUUAGAGAAAUUAAACUGCUUAAAGAGCUGAAAGAUCCAAACAUUAUUGAGUUGAUUGAUGCGUUCCCCCAUAAAGGGAAUUUGCAUCUUGUGUUUGAAUUCAUGGAGACAGACCUUGAAGCUGUCAUACGAGACCGAAAUAUUUUCCUUUCACCUGGGGAUAUAAAAUCUUACCUUCAAAUGACGCUAAAAGGUCUUGCUUAUUGCCACAAGAAAUGGGUUUUGCAUAGGGAUAUGAAGCCAAAUAACUUGUUGAUAGGACCUAAUGGACAGCUGAAACUUGCAGAUUUUGGUUUAGCACGGAUAUUUGGGAGCCCAGAUCGCAGGUUUACUCAUCAGGUGUUUGCUCGAUGGUAUAGAGCACCUGAGCUAUUAUUUGGUACCAAGCAGUAUGGUUCAGGGGUAGAUGUUUGGGCUGCAGCUUGUAUAUUUGCUGAACUUCUUCUUCGUCGCCCCUUUCUGCAGGGUUCAAGUGACAUUGAUCAAUUAGGAAAGAUUUUCGCAGCAUUUGGAACUCCAUCACCUUCUCAGUGGCCUGAUAUGGUGUAUCUUCCCGAUUAUGUUGAAUACCAAUAUGUUCCUGCUCCGCCUUUGCGUUCUUUAUUUCCAAUGGCAACUGAUGAUGCUUUAGAUUUGUUGUCAAAGAUGUUUACAUAUGAUCCAAAAGCUAGAAUUUCAGUGCAGCAGGCAUUAGAGCACAGGUACUUUUAUUCUGCACCUCUGCCCACAGAUCCAGAUAAGCUUCCAAGACCUCCCCCUAAGAGGGAACCUAAGGUUUCAGAUUUCAAUUCACAUGACGGUCCUACUGUCUUAUCACCUCCAAGAAAGUCAAGGAGAGUGAUGCCAGGGCGUGAUGGGUUUGAAGGAAAUUCUUUGCAGGGAGAUAAGACUGAGCCAGCACCAAUGUCGUUAGAUUUUUCUGUCUUUGGAUUAAAGCCUCCAAAUAGACCUACAAUUAGCAGUGCUGACAGAUCACAUUUGAAAAGAAAAUUAGAUCUAGAAUUCCAGCAGCCAGAAUGAAUGUUCUAUGACCAGUGCAUCAGUACAAGCAGUCCAAUGCAUUUGAGAAAAUGCUGUGAAUUGGCUGUGAUUGUAUGUCAUUCCUUAUCUCUGUAUCUAUGCGUGAAGCUACUAUGGAUGUGUAGAUGUUUAAAGGAAGAAGUGGCAGUGACAGCAGAUUAACAUCUCACUUGAAUAGUAGUUCAGAGACCCUAAAGCAAGUCUUAUAGAGAAGAAAAAAAAAAAAGAAUUAUAGUAACCAUACUUUCUGGAUCACUUUGUUCUUAAUUUUUGUUCUUUGCUUUCAAGAGAACUUGUAUAAGUUCACGGAAGAUCUUGAGUGAGGGCAUUUUCUUGGGUCCUUGCUGUAUCUGUCGAUUGAAAAAGAAAUGGUUUGGGGAAACUGAAUUUUAACACUAAUUUGGUAUUGAACAUAAGAGAAAUUAUUGUUUACACUUGGAGUGUAUAAUAUGUAUUUUCUCGGGUGCUUCAAGCAGGUUGUGUACUGAACAGAAGUAUUUUUUUUAGAUAUGG